AUGGCGCACCCUCAGUCUCUUGCCGAUGAGGAGGCUAUCCGGCCCGACGAGCAAACGCCGCUUCUCGGCAACGGAACAGGCCAAGGACAUGGCUCGGUCUCCGAAAUGCACCGGGUGGAUCCCCGAAUAGCACGCUGGCUCUACCUGUCGCAUUUCCUCUCGACUUGGAACUCUCGCAUGUUCGAGUUCGGCGCGGUGCUAUAUCUGGCGACGAUCUUCCCGGGGACAUUGCUGCCCAUGUCGCUCUAUGCGCUCGCCAGAGGUCUAUCGGCCCUGGUAUUCGCUCCUACGGUCGGACAGUACAUUGAUAAUAACGACCGGUUGAAAGUUGUUCGCGCUUCGAUAGUGUCUGUUUCAUGCAUCUUGUUUUAUGCCCUCUUUAUUGGGCUACCGCUUGGUGGUUAUGGACGCCCGGGUUUGCUGGCGCUCCUCUCCAUCAUGGCUUGUGUUGAAAAGCUGUACUCCAUCGUAAACAUGGUUUCGGUCGAAAAGGACUGGGUUGUCGUUCUCGCCAAGGGUGACACUGAGGCUCUGGCAACCCUCAAUGCGCAGAUCCGCCGGAUCGAUCUGCUCUGCAAGCUGCUCGGGCCGCUAUUCAUCGCUCUUAUUGACGGUGUAUCCACAGAGGCAGCUAUCAUCGUGAACUUCUCCAUGAACAUCGCUUCUGUUGUUGCAGAGUACUAUGCCAUCGCCAAGAUUUACAACGAGGACCCUGAUUUGCAGGAACCCAAGCCUAUGGCGACAUCUGUUUCCGAAAUCCAAUCGACGCCUACGAGGAUAUCGUUGAAGCCUGGCAGAAAUGUCUUGAUUCAUGUCAAACGGUCCGCAUCCGACUUCAAGUUCUAUUUCAGUCAUCGCGUAUUCCUACCGUCAUUUGCCUGUUCUCUAUUGUACCUCACGGUGCUUAGCUUUGGAGGUCAGAUGGUCACGUACCUUGUCGCAUCGGGCUACAACACAACAUAUAUCGGUAUAGCAAGAACGAUCAGUGUCAUCUUUGAGGUAAUGGCGACUUGGGUCGCACCCUGGCUUGUGGGACGAAUUGGACAAGUACGGGCUGGUCUCUGGAUGAGCAACUGCCAGGUUUUGCCGCUCAUUGGGGGUUUGGUGGCUUUCUGGGUCUUCAUGCCCAAUCCCCUAAUCUCGGCAACGAGUCUCGUAAUCGGGGUGAUCAUCAGCCGCCUUGGUCUCCGCGGCUUCGAUCUCUGUACCCAGAUCAUUGUCCAGGAGGAAGUCGAAGCCGAGAGCCGUGGCAGGUUUUCUACUGUGGAGGCAGCCUGGCAAAAUGCGUUUGAGCUGCUCUCAUACAUGGCGACCAUUUUCUUCUUCCGACCUUCGCAAUUCAACUGGCCUGCACUGGUCUCUGUUGCGGCCGUCACAUCUGCAAGCCUUGCGUACACAACUUUCGUUUGGCAAAGAAGAGGACAUCUAAUCCAUUUUGAAAAGUUCGGAUUGUAG